UGGGAUUCUGGUUCUCAGGGCGACUUCAUUCACCCACGCGUGGUGAAGGAAGCCCGCUUACCCAUGACAGGGUCUCCGACUCCCAUCUCUGUUACCCUAGGGGAUGACAAGACCCAGCGCUUCUUCGAUCAGACGGUCAGCGACCUCCCCUUCUUCCUCACUCUCGAGCCGACUGAGUGUUCCCCGGCGUCCCGUCGCCACCGCUCCUCUGCACAUUUCGAUGUGAUGGAGACAGGGUACGACUUCAUUCUCGGCACUCCGUGGUCUCGUCGGUUCCACAACACCAAGGCCGAUUGGGUGACCAACACUCUCGUUCUCAAAACGAAGUAUGGACAGACGUAUCGCGUACCUUUUAUAGGUACCACGGCGAGACCACGCCCCGAUCCUCCUCCCCCGGAGCCUUCAGUGCCCACACCAUCUCCCUCUAUCACUGUCACCUCGCCUCGGCAGUUCGCUCACUUCAUUCGACAGGACGACGUCACCUUCUUUAUGGUGGACGCGACGGAUCUCUUACACUAUGAUCCAUCCUGUCCCGACGCCGAGCUCAUCCCUCUGGAGUCAGAUCCUCCCUCUAUCUCCAUGGCUCCCAUCUCUACUUCCGUCCCUCCGCCGUCUGUCGAGUCCACCCCGCCGUCGCGCGCUGACGCUGAGGAACUCGCACGAUAUACGGCUGACUUGGAGCCCGCAGUUCGUGACAUUAUCCGAGAGUACCACGACGUUUUCCCAUCGUCGUUCUCGUACGCCGGCAUCCCACCGAUGCGUGACGUCGAGCACUCCAUUCAGCUCGUGCCUGACUAUCGUGUUCACCACCAGGCACCUUACAGACUCUCGAUCCCCGAGGCCACCGAACUCAAGCGUCAGCUUGAGGAACUCCUGAGACUGGGUUUCAUUAAGCCCAGCAACUCCCCAUGGGGUGCACCCGUCCUCUUUGCUCGCAAAGUGGAUAGAACUCUUCGUCUCUGCAUCGACUACCGCGGCCUCAACCGCUACACGGUUAAGAACAGCUACCCCAUGCCUCGUUCCGAUGAGCUGUUUGACCGCCUAGCAGGCAACCGCUUCUUUACGAAGAUUGAUCUUCGUAGCGAUUACCAUCAGAUCCGCGUCGCUGCAGCUGACCAGCCGAAAACCGCGUUCCGUUCGCGAUUCGGCCACUACGAGUUCACGCUACGUGUCCGAGCAGUAGCAGAGUUCCAUGACCAGGCAGCUGCCGGUCAUAUGGGCUUCCACAAGACGUUGGCUCGUGUGAGCCGACUGUACGUCUGGCCGAAGCGCAAGGACUUUGUGAAGGACUACGUCGCAGAGUGUCCCACCUGUCAGGAGGUGAACAGUGCAAACCACCUACAUUAUGGUUUGCUCCAGCCUCUUCGUAUCCCUGAGGGUCGUUCGCAGUCCAUCUCGAUGGACUUUAUCGGUCCUCUUCGACCUCCGACCCCCCGCGGUCAUGAUGCUAUCCUGGUCGUCGUCGACCGCUUCACGAAGCGUGCACGCUUUGUUCCGUGCCGCUAUGCCAUCAGUGCACGUGAGGUCGCCGACAUCGUAUUUGACCGAGUCUUGCAUGACCACGGCUUACCUCUGAGCAUCAUAUCUGACCGUAACCCGUGCUUUACCAGCCGAUUCUGGCGACGGCUCCACGAGGUGUACGGCACUCAGCUCCGCUUCUCCUCGUCUUACCAUCCUCAGACUGAUGGUCAGAYCGAGAUCACGAACAGGACUCUCGGGGAUAUCCUCCGAAAGAUUAUUCGUGACGAUCAGCAGUGGGAUCUCCAUCUUGCCCACGCGGAGAUAGCCUACAACCACGCCGUCUCGCCARCCACGGGGAUGUCGCCUUACUAGUGCGACCUCGGCUAUCACCCGCGUGUUCCCGCGGACUUCCUUCGACCGUCCCAGAUGCACCCCGAC